AAAGGUCGGUCGUCAGGUUUUUAUUCACGCAAGAGUGGUUCGCUUAUUUAAGCAUGGUCGACACCGGUUCAACCAGUAUUCAUACCAUAGCAGCACAAAGGAAAUCAAAUUAGCAACCGAAGCUCAGGAUUUUACACUUUUUUUUUUUCGUUUUCAUCUCUUGUUCUGUUGAGUUUUUAGAAUAAUUCCAGCCAGCAGUUUCUGUUGGGCUUUUUUUGACAGCUCACGACUUCUAAAUUCCAGUGAAAAAUGGCAAAAACACUGCUGGUCAUCUUAUGCUGCCUUGCUCUAAUUGCUUUUUCCACAUCUGCCCCACCAAAGAAAGCAGCUGCAAAAAAAGAAGUAGUAGAGAAAGUAGAUGAAGAAGACGAAGGCGAAGAGUUAGAUGCUGAAGAAGAAGAUCUUGUACCAGAAGGUGGUGCUCAUCUUGGGAGAUACAUAGGUGGAAAAGGGAAAGACUAUGAACACAGCUAUGAGCAUGCAGAUGCGUAUGAAGGCAAAGCAGGACACGAGAAAGCACAUAAGGCCCACGGUGCACAUGGACAUCAUGAACAUCACGAUCAAGGAGGCUAUCGAAAAUACAAAGAUGAGCAUGGAGCCCAUGGUGCAGACCAAAAGGAAGGACACGAAGACCAUGAAGACCAUUUAGAUGAAGGUGGUCAUCACAGUUUCAAGAAAGAAGGCGAGGUUUAUGACAAACAUGGCAGCGAUCACAAGGGUAAAUUAGAGAAAGGUCAGCAUGUUGAAGGCAUAGAGGAAAGCAGCAAGCAUGGCAGCCAUGGUGCAGCAGGGGGAAAGCUUGGUACUGAGUUUAUAAAAGACAAAGGUCACAAAAGCCAUGGAUUUAAAAAUGUCUACCAUAAAGAGGAAUAUGGGGAGCACAAAACAUUCCAUGAUGAACACCGAGAGACUGACCACAAAAAGAAAUAUCACGAUGAGCACAAGGACUACAGUCAUCACGGAGGAAAACAGUUGAAGCACCAAGCCAACAAAGGACAUUUUGACGAAAACAAACACGGCCAUGACUUUCACAAAUUUGGAAAAGCAGGUCAUGAUAGUCACCACGAAGGUGGAUACAAGAAGGGGGGACAUCAUCACGCUGCCGGAGAUGCUUUCAAACACAAUGGAGGAAAGCACCACGAACAAGCUCACGCUGAAGGACACCACAAAGCAGGACACAAAGUUUACCAUGACGGAGAACAUGAUGCAGCGCAUCAACACAAAGAACACCGAGAAGCAGCUAAGGGACAUCACCACGUUCACACCGGGCACAAGGCACUCGGGGGUUAUGAUGGUGGUCAUGCUUAUUAUGGUGGACAAGGAGAUGGUCAAGGUGCAUACGCGUCUGGCUAUGAUCAUCAUGGUGACGGUCGACAUGUGUAUUUCCGCAGAGGUUAAAAGCAAACUGUAAUUCACUUCACCCCUCUGACCAUACCUACUUCAUCUUUAAGUUGCACAUGACUCUGAUACAGGACAAAAAGCAGCUACGAGCUGCUUCUUAUUUAUACAUUGCAUCUCCUUCCUAUAUAUUUUAUGCAUUAGUUACAUUUGUUCCUUCUCUACAACUCAGAAUGGUUCCACGAUAUUAAACCUUUUCAGGGGAUAAUUAAACUUUUCCAGAUCGAACUAUUUCUCCAUGAUUAAAAUGCUUCUAAGAAACGUGGUUAUUUUUUUGGACCUUCUCGCAAUAUAUUGUAUUUUUUUUAAAGAAAAGAAAUCAAUCCAAACAAAAGUUAAAUUUAAAUAAUUUACCUUUUAAUUGCCAAAUUAUGGGCAAAGUUAUGUUAAUUGCCAGAUUAUGUUAUAUAUCAGAGCUAUUUACAGUCAAGAGUUUUUAAAUGUUUUCGAUUCCGGUAAUAGCUUUUAAUAUUUCAAAUUUUUUGGUUGCCAAAUUUCAGAAGAAAGGACUUAAAAAUUUACAGUUGUUUGAACGAAUUUUAACUGUCUGAGAAAAUUUGAUUCAUAAAAAAAAAUUAUAAAAUUUGAAUAAAUAUUUUAAUAAUGCAGUUCAUCAUUUAAAUCAUUAUAUUGGAAAAUAAUACUUUUUUUAAUUACGAAUUCACAAUAAUUUUUUAUAGUCAUGGUAAUAUACAUUAACAUGGUAGCAUAUAGAGUUAAGGAUAUAAUUGAGCUUAAUUUUAAAAUGAGCCUUAAUUUUCACAAAGUAUAAUUUAACUAAGCAGUUCAGCAAUUUUCUUAAUUUAAAUUAAAAAUAUUUUAAUGCAUGUCUUUAAUAUUGAUAUCAAUUUUUAAAAAGUCACAAGGGACUGAAUUUAUAGGUUAUUACUUCCUCGUAUAAAUUUCGAAACAGUUUGAAACAAAAGAAACAUUCCUUAAAAUAGACUCAAAACAUUCAUGUUUUUAUAUACUUUGAACUUUUUUCUAAAAGCUUAUGAACAAAGAAUGCUUCCUGUCAUUCUCUAUGAUUGAAAUAUAGGAAAGAAAGAAUAUAAAUCUCUGUGAUCCAUUUCGCCUUAAAAACAUUUCAUUAGUGUUUUUGAAAAGGACGUUCCAACGUCAUUACUGUGAGUGUUUGUGUACAUAUUUUUGUAUGUUAUUCUGUGAUCUCUGUAAUUUAUUUGCAUAAUGUCAUGCAUGAAAAUUGUUAAAAGGUUAAUAAAAAAGUGCGUGCGCAGUUAUUU